UAAACUGUUGCGCUAUUUCUUUUGAAUGCAAUAGGUAGUAGUAAUCAAUUAAAUACCAGUCUAAUGGCGCCAAUGGCUAAGUGUGUUGUUUUCAGUAGGUGAUCAUCCAACUGAGACAAAUUCUAUAUAAACUAGGCGUGUGUUUCCAGCAAUCUUGAGAAUAUACGAUGGCAGAGAGACCUGAGGAUCUCAAUUUGCCAAAUGCUGUUGUUGCCAGAAUCAUCAAAGAUGCUAUUCCUGAAGGAGUGAAUGUAUCAAAAGAAGCAAGACUUGCCAUAUCAAAGGCAGCAAGUGUGUUCAUUUUAUACGCCACAUCCUGCUCCAACAACUUUGCGAUGAAAGGCAAGAGAAAAACAAUCUCAGCCCAAGACGUGAUCUCUGCGAUGGAGGAUAUGGAGUUUGAACAGUUCUGUGACCCUCUCAAAACCUGUCUAGAAGCUUACAGAAGUGAGCAGAAAGGCAAGCGUGACAAGAAGAAGGAGAGAGAUCAGAACGUGUCUGGAGACGCCAGCAUCACCGACUCCGCUACUGGAGACACCCAGACGAAUGGCACCGCUGUGCUGGUCAGCGACGAAGACAGCGAGGGCUGCGAUGUCGUGACGGAGCCGAGGGAAGGAGAAGACUUUAUUAUCACGGUGAACGGAGAGUUCGACAAUGACGAUGAUGAAAACAGUGUAGAGGAGAUAGAGGACGGGGAGGAUGCCGUUUGAUAUCCUUCAAUAUUGUUAUUAUUGUUAUUUUCUCUUUUUUGUAAAUAUAAAUGUGAUUAUUUUAAAUACA